UUCAAGAGCCAAGAAAAAAAGCCUUGUGAGAUCAGAUCAGUGAUCAAAUUACUCUUUUACUGUUAAGUUUCAAAAUGUUCAUAUGUGAGAGGAGGUGUGGCCGGGGGAGGGCAGAUAUCAUGUGUGUGCUAUAAGAGUACAAAUCCACGAGGAGCUUGACUGGACAAAAAGUUUACCUCCCAGGACAUCUUGUGAAAUACUGAACUUGAGCAGCAAACCACACAACAAGAACAAAAGCAGCCAUGAAGUUUCAAGCUCUUUUCUUCCUUCUGAUCCUCGCCUGCAUGUACCUGAGUCUGGCACAAGGCUCCUAUGGCAACUGCUGCCUUGGCUAUAACCGAAAGUUGAAAGGAAAGAAAAACAUAGAGAGUUACAGGAUGCAGGAAACAGAUGGUGACUGUAACAUCAGAGCUGUUGUGUUUACAAUGAAGACGGGGCGGACUGUCUGUGCCAAUCCAGAACAUGCAUGGGUCCAGAAACAGAUUGAGAUCCUGAAGAAGAAAAUGCAGAAUUAGACUACCAAAAGAAUGGGAGAGAGGAGAGCGGCUGUUUGAUCUCCUCAUUGGCCAUCAUAUAUCAUCUCUAACCAGAUGGAUCAGAUUACCUUUCGGUCGAUUCAGUAUUUCCUGUUGCUGACAGAGGAUGUAAAUCA